AUGGACCUCAAUAAUGAGACGUUUCUCGUCACCUUCAAUAACGAUCAAGACUAUCUCAACGCGCUCACCGGCGGACCGUGGGUAAUCCUUGACCACUACCUUAUAGUCCAUCAAUGGUCACCCUCUUUCCGCACCUCAGACAAGCCGCAUCGUUCAGUGGUGGCCUGGAUCCAGCUGCCGGAAUUGCCAGUACACUUCUAUCACCGGGAGGUACUCUUCGCACUGGGAAAUCUGAUCGGAAGGACAGUGAAGCUGGAUUACCACACGGAACAUCUCGAAAGGGGGAAAUUUGCUCGACUUGCUGUGGAGCUGGAUAUGUCGAAACCAUUGGCUACGCGCAUUCGUUUAGACGGCUUCUGGCAACAAGUGAUAUACGAGAAUUUGCCAGAAAUAUGUUUCAAUUGUGGGCGAAUCGGCCACAGAGAAGCAUCCUGCCCGAAUAACCCAGGAACGCCAGCCACGAGCCAGUCAUCAUCUAGCAUCCCAAGUCAGCCUGCCCAGUCGCCGGAACCCGCCGCCGGCUACGGACCGUGGAUGCAGGUCAUGCGGAAAUCGCGGAAGCCCAACAGGAAAGGCGCGCAAAAUCAGAACACAGGAUCAGAACGGAAUAAAGGCGGUAAUCUGGGGAAGGAAAAAUCCAAAGUCAUGGCUCCAAUCAAGGAAGAUCAUGCUGGGGCUAAGGCUAGCAAGGAAGGAAAAGGUAAGGCAAAUCAAAAAUCAGAACCAAAAAAGGGAAUUUCCUGCGGCCAAAAUGGGAAAGUUAUUGGGGAAAGCUCUACCUCGUCCCAAAGCCAAGGAAACCAAGCUGGAUUGGAGACUCGCGUCUGGCGUGCUAUUGGGCCUCAAGCUGAUUCUAAGGCCCCUCUAACCCACUUGGGCUUAACCCAUCAGGGUACCUCUGGGCCAAAUCAGACAGACCCAUCAGCUGGAAUACCCAUGGACACCGCUUCUCCCAAGCCCACGCCCGGAAACAGCCUACCGCCGAUGGUCAUCCCCGACGAAAUGAAGAAUAGAGUAGCUACCACUCCCGAUCUGCAGAAACCUUCCAUUCGUCACCACUACCAGGGGAAAAAAGCAAAAAAAGAUUCUGAACCACCUUUGAAGGAGAAGAUGGCCUGUCUACAAAUGCGACCGGCGAAGAAGCCCCCGAACUCUCCCUCGUUAAAGAAGAAACUCAAGAAAAGAGUUCAGGAAUCUUCGCUCCAGAUUAAUCCUCAAGCUAUUGCAGACUUCGUGGCCUCUUCUCUGCUCAAAGCCAAGGAAUUUCACAAUCAGACAGGCGUUCCAAACAAAGAUGUCCUCAUGCUAGAGAACCAGGAGCCAAUUGUGAAACCGACCCAGCCGGAAAACCUCGAGUCGCUGGGACAGCCCGCGAUAGCUGACUCUUAG